GGAGGCAUCCGUCGAUCCCUCUACGCCGGUCUCCACGUAGCUCUCUGUCCUUCGUCUCUCUCUCUCACUCUUUCUGUCUCUCUCGCCCGUCCGCCCGCCACCCCCGUCUGCGGAUAGCCGGCAUCGUAGCACCGUCAUACUUGCUCCGGUACAUAUACAGACACGUAUACACGUACACGUAGGCAUACGUCACUGUAACCUCCACGAGCUGUCAUUCCGCCGCUCCGUUUCCCUCCGCUGACCUGACCCGACCGACCUGACACUGUCUCUUCUUCCCCAUUCCUAUCUAUCAUUCAUUACUCUCGCCCUCUCGCUCUUUCUCUCCCUAUCUCCCUCUUCUGUUCUCUUAUUACGAUCUAUUCUACUCUGCUCUCAUCAAGUCUCAACCGCUCCGAUCUCUCCGUCUCGCACAGCACCCGCGGCAGACCGCGAACGCAACGAGAGGUGGGUCCAGCCGGGCCCCACUGCGGGCAGAGAGUAGACGAAGGGACUGGUAGCUCGGUCAGACCGGCAAACGACCAGUGUACGCGCGGCUCCUCUUCUCCCCAAGGGACAUCUCGCGCUCUUCAAGGGCGGCAUCACCGUUCGCCCUGCACGGCGGCAGCAGGAGUCCUCCGGGAUACCCGGGACCUGGUAGCCGGUCGAGACUUCCCGGCGCGAGGAACCUGGAACAUUGCUGGAGGGUGUAACGAGUAACCACCAGGUGAGUGCGCACGGAACUUGGUCGAACCAAUCGAAAUCGCCGCCUGCGUGUCGGCGACCGGGCGUUUAACCAGGUCACCGACGAUGACGACGCGGUAUACUCAGCCCUGACGAAAUCCCCGCUGACGAUUCCUCGUCAACGAUAUGACGUAUGGAUUUUAUCGGCCGUGGCGGUCGGCGCCGCCGCCAACGCCGCCGCCGCCGCCGCCGCCGCCGCCGCCGUCGAGCGACCCACGAGAGGGGGCGACUUGUUACUAAGGGGGUGCACUGCAGUGACGGUACGUGGUGGGGUGGUCUCGCCCCCGAAAGUUUCGCCGGAGUUACCGUCCGUUCUCGUUCGCCGGUCUCUUUCCCAUAGUCAGUGCGAAGCUACAUUCGACGUGCUCGUUUGGUCAUCUCGCAAAAGAAAGGAAAAGAAGGAAAAUUGGAAAAAAACAUAAGAACAAGAGGGAGAAAGAGAUAGUGCUACAGCAGUGUGCGACCACGGCGACGUAGCCGUCAUCCCCAGUCGUAGAGGGACAGUUGCGAUAGUCAGCCCUUCGCGCAGAGUACGCGUUGCGUUCACACGGCGGCAGCCGCCGUAGGGUGGAUCGAUCGGCAGUCUCGCUCGAGUGCGAGUCGCGUAUUUUCGGCUGCCCAGUCGGCUGUAGUCAGAAUUUGGAUCAAUGAUCUAAGACUAUACGCGGCGGAGGUGCCCGGCAUCGUGCCCGUCCUGCGCAUUGCGCCGGCAGGACGGUGUGGUAGCGUCGCUCAUUUGCUCGUUCGAAGGGCUCGUGGCAAAUCCUGCGCAAAGCCGGCUCUGCCGACGUGGGUGCGUACAUACGGGUAACGGUACGGUGCCGCCACGGCGCCGACUCGUCCGCGAGACGAUUCCCCGCUGGAUCGUGCCCCGACCACUGGAUUCUCCCGGCGAUCUGGUGACUGCAAGGCGACCAGACGCCGAGCCGUCAUCCGUGGAGCUUUCGCGUCCUAGAUUCGUUUUUCUUCCGUGUUUCUUCUCGACCUCGUCGCGUGAAGGGCUUCCGCCAGCGACUGUCUUUCCUGUCGGCCACGGGGAAACGGAUUUUCCUCUCGCCGUGGAGUCUCGACUUCCUGAUAGGGUUUCCACGAGAAGCUCAUCGACGUUCGGCUUAGCCGCGCAAUGAGUACCACGGAUCCCACCGGGGAGGGUGGAGGAGGAGGAGGUGAAGGAGGAGGCGAAGGUGCUUCGACAACGACGACGACGACGAACGUCGAACAAACGGCAUCCCCGAGCACGCCGAUUACCGGCACCGCGGUGCCAGCGCAGCCGGCCACUCAGCAGCAACAACAACACCCGCCGCCGUCGCCCCUGAGUGGCUGUUACCUUCUCGUGGUGCUUCCUGAGCCUCAUACCGCACAACACAAGGACCUUAUCCUAAACCGCCUCGCGAAAGGUUUUCUAUCAUGGGACAAAGACAACUGUCACGUGGAUCUGGAGAAAGAAUUAUUGGCUUUAGUAGCACAAGCCCCCGAAGGCGAGGAAGCCAGAAACGGCGAAAGGUUGAUCCAAUAUGCCACCGAGAAUCUCGUGACGGAAGUUCUCAUACACCCGCAAACGAAUACAUUGUUACAAUGUAUCCGUAACUUUCUCGCAAGCUUCACGAAACACCGGCACAUCAUACACGCUGGAUACACAUUCGGUGGUAAUGGUUCCUGGAUAUUGCAGGAUGGGACCUUCAGUCUCGCAGACUUUCUGGAUGCGUUCAGUGAACAUGAGGUGCAGAGAGUCCUUCGUGCCUACGAAAAUAGUGUUACCGUAGAUAUACAUUGCGUGGGUGUCGGCGAUUGGACGACGAGUCGAUUAUCGAAGGAAGCUUGUUGCAGAUCUUGUAGGGUCAGAGUAAAUCCCGACGAUGUUCUCACAGCCGGUAUGCUGGCCAUCACGAGUUUCACGAAUUACAUCGGACAGUAUCUCGUGGCGCAAACAUUAGACCAGCUCAUGGAACCGUCCGACGUCGUUGGAAACAUUAGAUUUAGCCAUCCGACUUUAUACGUCUUCCCCGGUGGGCAAGGUGACGCCGCGCUUUUCGGUAUAAACGGCUUCAACAUGCUCGUCGACGGCGGCUUCGCCAGGAAAGCUUGCUUCUGGGACUUCACCAGGCAUUUGGACCGGUUGGACGCAGUUCUAGUCACUAGGAUAAAUAAUAGCAACAUCGGCGGCAUGUUCAGUGUCCUUCGUAAGAAGAAAGAGAUGCACGUCUAUCCUCAGAUCGGCUAUUUCUUCUGUAACUUAGUUGAAAGAAGACAAUCAAAUUCACCGGACGGUGAUAAAGACAUCGAUCCCCUGAUUCUGAAUCUUACCGACAUUGGUCAGGAGAUGGUGUUGAAUUUACGGCACAUCAGUCUCCGUGCUCAUCCUUGCUACAGGGAUCCCGAUCCGAUCAAUCUGUACCACAAGGUGGGUCACGGUACACUGGACAUGUACGUUCUCAGCCCGAGCAAGGACAGUCGCGAGGUGCGCGAAUUUCUGGUGAAGUGGCAUGCGUCGGAUUCGAAACUGUUUGCCGGCUCCCAUAAAAAGGACUCAAACAAUCUUACAUUCCCCAUUCAAAAUCUCGUUUCGAUAUGUGCGCUUCUGGUCUGGCAGCCGGCUAAUCCAGAGGAUACUAUCACACGAAUCCUCUUUCCCGGCAGCACACCGCAGCACAAGAUCUUCGAGGGAUUCGAGCGGCUGAAGCACUUAGAUUUCCUUAAGCAUCCGGUAUGCUCCGCGAAAACACUAUCACCGUCGACGUCGUUGGCGACGCUCCGCGACAAGCCGACUAAGCAGAAGCUCAGCCUCAUCGAGAAAGAAUCCAAGAAGGUCUCUGAGUUAAGGAAGAGAGAACCAUCGGAGCCCAAGUCGAUCAAAGCCGUAGAGGAGACACCGAAGAUUACUCCCCAAUCCACGCCGAUUAUUCCCAUAAGUAAACCCAAGUCCGAGAUAAAGACAAAGAAGAUCGCGGAGAAUAAAAAGGUUGAGACCGAGGCGAAGGAAACGAAGAAGCUUGAGCCCGAUAUGAAAGAGAGCAAGAAAAUCGAGAAGGAGCUGAAAGAAGUGAAGAAGGAAGCAAAGAAGGAGCCGGCUAAAGAGAAGGUGGAGAAAGUCGAGAAGGAUGAUAUCAAAAAGACUGAUUUAAUUAAACCGGAACCCGAGAAGACUGCGCCAAAGGAACCCAAAGCGAAACCCGAACCGAAGAAAAAGGAACCGAAAGAAGGCAGAGCCAUGUUGAGGGCCGCGAAGGGCGAAGCAAUGCCGAAGCCAAAGCCGAGCGGGAAGAGAACGAAACCUUCUAGCGCGGAGAAAAAAGACGCCGUGAAGAUUUCCUCGACUACUCCGAAGAAGACCCUUAACGGCACCGCCACAAAAACAGAAAUUUCGAAAGCCGUACCGAAGGUGCGACCAGCGCCUAAGGUCGCGCCCAGUCUUCCGGCGAAGAGCGCCAAGGAGGCCAACAACAGGAAGGUGGUAGAACAGAAGAAUAUUGAGAAGUCCGGCACAAAGGAUACCACGGCGGCGCCUGUCGUUAAAGUCUCGGCUAAGCCGAAACCGAUGGAUCGGAAGCCGAUCAGCCGUCGUACCAAACCAGUAAGUCCGAGCAAAGCUCGUAUGCCAGGCAGCCCGGCCAAGUCCACCCGCAGUACGCCGACCACCUCCGUGAAAUCGGACAAAGACGGCGUCAUUCGCAAGGUAAAAGGUGACAAAGGGACCACCGAUUCGUCCACGGUUUCCACUCCGUCCGGUAUUGAACCAGAGGCGGUGAAACCGAUCGAUAAGAGUUUAAUUGAGCAGUCGGAGGAUAUUUCAUUGGAUUCAAUAGAGAGCAAAGUGCUAGCGGAUCUAAAAGAAGAGCGAGAGGUCGUUGAGGAGAUCGAAGCUGUGCUCCAAAAAGCCGAGAGAAUCGAAGAGACUCGAAAGGACGAUCGUUUUGAGGGAGACGACGAAAUCACAGCUGAAGCCACUGACAAGAAAGAGGAGGACAUUACAGAGGAGGACGUCACCGCCGAAAUUGAGGACGCGCCUAAGAAGGAAGGUUCCCGAAAAGAGAGUCAAGAAUUGACCGAGGAAGACGAGUAUCUUAUUGUGGAGAAAGAGGAGGUCUACACCGAAGACUCCGUUCAGAGCGGUGAAGGUGAACAGAAGCAUGUUCUUGACGAAGCCGAGUCGGAAAAGGCGAAGAUCUUGAAAGACAUAGAGGCAAUGAAGGAAAAGGACGAGAAAGAAGAGCCCGAGGAGAAGGGAAAAGACGAAAGCCCAGAGAAAAAAAUCGAGAAAGAAGAGAAGGAAGUCGCUGACCUGUCCACCGAGCACAAGGAGCAAUUACAGGCGGAAGUGAAGGAGAUAAUAGCCUCCGCGACUGAGAUUGUGCAGAAGGUCGAAGAGAAAGACGAUUCCGGCAAGAAGGACAGCGAGGAUAUCACGAAAGAACCGUCCAGCCUGAGUCCGGACAAGUUGGAUUCGUCGGAGAAGAAGAUCACUGACACUGACAUAAAACCGGACGUCGACCAAAAGGAGCAGAUUCUAGAGAAGAUGGAAGAGUCCCAAGAGCGCAUCUCCACGAUAGAAUCCGGAGCUACCACCACCGCUCCGACUUUACCCGAAGACGAGCGAAUACCGUUGGACGAGAUAAAGGAGGACAUUGACGAGAAACAUGUUAUCGAGGAGGUAAAAGAGAAAGAUGCGCCGGCGAAGUUGAGGGAAGAAGUCGUACUGGAAGCUAUUCCCGCACCUGUAAAGCCGGAAGUCAAGGUGUUUGAUGUUCGUCAAGCGAUACAGAAUCUACAGAGGGACAUCGUCAAGACACCCGACGAGGUUGCCGAUCUUCCGGUUCAUGAGGAAGUCGAUCCGAAACUAUACAGGAUGGAAGACUUCGAGAAGCGAAAAGAGGAGAAGCCGUUGCCGACACCGCAAGAGAUUAAAGAGCCGCCUACGCCGCCUAUCAAGGAGCAAAAGGGUGUCUUCAGCUUCUUUGGCAAGGUUGCUGACAAGUUCGAGAAAGGCAUCGAUAAGUUAACUAAGAAGACGAAGAAAGAUACCGACAAGGACUCCGAUGAGAAGUCAUCUUCAAAAUCGAGUUCCCCGAAAGAAGUAAAAGUACAAGAGAAAACGCUUCUGGAAGAGGUCGACAUGGAGAAGAUGUUCCCCAAAGUCGGCAAACCCACCGAUAAGCCUGAGACAUUCGAAGAGGUGCAACCCACAAUCGCGGACGUAAAAAUGGCUGCGAUCAAAGAAACGGCAGCAUUCAUACAACAGGAAAUACUGGACGCGAAGAGGAAAAGUGUAUCAGACAUUGAAGAGAAGCUUCCGACUGAUAAACCGGGAGAGAUCAUUACUAAGGUCGACAUCGAAGCGGCACCGUUCACGAAAGUGAAGUCUCCAGUCCUUUCGCCGACGAAAUCGCUCGAAGAUCAAGAAAUCGCAAAGGAGAUCGAGCUUCUGAAAGAAGAAGGUAUAGAGGAAGACGCCGAGGAGGUGAAGGCUCUUUUGGAGGAAGCGUCGAAAAAGUUCAAAACUGUCAAAGACAGUUUGAGAGAUUCCUUGGAGUCUUUGGAGGAAAAAAUCAAAGAGGAGGAAGAAAUGGCCGCCGCGUUACACGAACUACAACCUGCUUUGUCGGAUGCAGUGAAAGACACCUUAGAAGGGGUGAUCGAAAAGUUGGAGGAGAUCAAGCCACAUAUCGAAAGUCAGUUGCCUGACACAAAGGAGCCAGAGAAAGUCAAGUUUGAUAUACCAAAGGAUGAAGACUUCGAGGAGGAAUACGAGGAAGAGCCAGAGGGACCAUUCAGGGAUGUAAAAGAAGCUGUCAGAGAUGUCGGAGAAGUUCUCGCCGGUACUGCCGGUAUUGAGCUCGAAGAUAAGUCUAAGGAUGUCGUAGAGAUCGUGAAAAAAGUUGCGGAGGUUCUUAAGGAAGAUGACUUCCUUUCUCACAAGGCACUAUUUGAGGAGCCUGCUAAAAAGAAAGAGAUUUCGCCAAUUCCAACGGACGGGAAGCCUUCGAGAGAAGAAAUUUCGCCAGUUCCGACGGACAGAAAACUUUCAAAAGAAGAAAUCUCGCCGAUCUCGGCGGAGAAGAAGUCUUCUGUGCCAAGCGAGAAGGAAUCUCCGGAAGAGGUCGCCGAAUUAGACAAGAAAGUACCUAAACCUGAUUUCGAGUCUGUCGUGAUGCCGAGGAAAGUCGGUGUUACUGAAGAAAUCCCGGCCCAUGAAGAAGUUGAAGAACUCAUCCAGGAACCCGAAAAACCACUCGCAACAUAUGAAACCGACGCUGCCAAGGUGAAGGAAGAACCCUGCGUGAAGGUAACUAAAAAAGAGGAGGAAAUAAUGGCGGUACCCAUAAAGGAAGACAUCGCGAAAGAUAUAAAGGGCGCCCAGAAGAUUUGUGAGGAGAUGUUAAAGGACGAUGAACAUGUUUGUAAACAUGAGAAACCGGCCGAGCAGGAUUUGUCUCAAAUGGAUGUACUGCAAGCCGGCAUCGAGACCGUGUGUGUGAAGGAAGUGGCGAAGCGACCGUCUCUUGAAGGUAAGCUGUCAGAGGACGAGGUAGAGCAGCCCGUGAUAGGCUUCGAGCAGAAAGUAUCCCCGGCGAAGGCGGAAAUAGUGAUGGUAACGCCCGAUUCUGCUCCGACUUCGCCGAAAUUCAGCACUGACAAAAUGUACGAUGAAGAAUUGGAGUUGGGUCGCCCAGAAGCUGUAGAAACGCCAAAAUUGCCUGAGGAUGUGAAGGAAGUUCUCGGCAAAGAAGCGCCCGUCGAAGAAAUAAUCGAGGAACUAAUUAUCACAAAGAAGAAGAAAAUCACUAUCGAGGUAAUCGAGUAUAUCACCGUGGUGAAGCGCAUUCCCAAGGAGCGCGUGAUCUACAUAAUUGAGGAGAUCAUCGUGAAAAAGGGACUGCCAAGAGAGAGCGUGGUGGACGAUCCUGAGAUUCUUAAGCUGAAGGAACCGAUCACGCCUGAGAAGAGAAUAGAAGUCGAGGAAUAUAUUGUUAACGAGUAUAUCGUCAAAGGCAAGCGGAUUACUAUACAAGUCGUCGAGGAAAUCUCUAUCAAGAAAGUUGUGCCUAAGAAAAUCGUUAUCGAAAUCAUCGAGGAGAUCAUCAUUAAGAGGAAGAUUGUCAGACACAUGGUUUUCGACGUUCCCGACGAGGUGUUGUCGGAAAUAAUCCAAGAGGAAUCGCCGGAAGAAUCGCCGGAAGAAUCAGCGGAGGAGCAGGUAACACCGAAAAUAGACAUCACCGAGAAACGAGAGUCGAUUGUGGAAAUUACCAGCGCUGCAGUAGAAGUGGAGGAACCGAUUAUGCCGCAGAAACGAGUGGAAGUGGAGGAAUUCGUCGUCAACGAAUACGUCGUGAAGGGUAAGAAAAUGAACAAGUCAACGAUCGAUGAGAUUUCCGCCAAACAAACCGUUCCCAAACGAAUUCUCAUCGAAAUCAUCGAAGAAAUCAUUGUUAAAAAAAAGAUCCCCAGAAAUACGGUACUUGAGAUUACCGAGGAAGAAAUCUCGGCGAUAAUUGGAGAAACACCCGAGGAUCAAGAGCAAGAAGAAGAGCCACAGGCAGAGAUCUCAGAUGAGAAGCGAAAAUCAAUUACUGAAGUUCCUAUUUCGGAGGCGAAGGAACCGGUAACUUCGCAAAAGCGAGCGGAAGUUGAAGAUUACAUUAUUAAUGAAUACAUCAGCAAAGGUGACAGCAUCACUGUUCAAAAACUCGAAGAAAUCUGCGGUAAAAAGAAGGUACCUAAGAGAAUUAUUAUUGAGAUUAUUGAGGAGAUCAUUAUCAAGAGGAAGAUGCCGAGGCAUUCAGUGCUAAACGUGACUGAGGAAGAAGUGUCUCGCAUCAUUGAAGAAAAAGAACGGUCACCAGAACCGGAUGUACCAGUUGAGAAAAGAAAAUCGAUCGUUGAAGUCUCUAGUCUCGAUAAAGAAACAAAAUCCCCGGUUGAGAUGAAAGAAGACAAAGAAGAAGACAUGCCUGAACAUGAAGUCGGCAAAGAAGAGUUGUCUGAAGAAGACGGCGAAGAAGAGAAAUUGGUGGAUGGCUUUGUGAGUGUACCCAGGAGGAUCUCUGACGAUAAGAUAGAUGUGAAGAAAAAGGAGGCGUCUCCUGUCAAAGACGAAAUGUCACCAUUAGCUGCGAAGGAGCACGAAAAGGAUGUAAUAGAUGAUUUCGAGGCAGUCGAGCAGGAGUAUAAGGUGCACGACUUGUCAGUAACGUCUCCUGAAAAAGCGGACGAGAUGCGAGAGAAGGAAGACGCUGAAGAGGCUGCGGAGGACACCACGAGCGAAGUCAUUGAGGCGGACGAGAAAUUUGUGCAGGAAACUAAAGGAAAAGUGGAGAAGGAAGAACCCCACAUUGACUUGACAGAGAGCGUUAAAAGCGACGACGAGAAACGAGAACCCGAGGAACCGGAGAUAUCCGAGGUAUCAGAAGUCGUUGAUACCAUUGAGAAGUACUUGGAUGAAUCUAAAGAAAAGACGGACGACAUUCUCCCGAAAGAGCCCACCACGAAAUCAGUAUCGCCAGUCUCUGACAAGACAGAAAAACCUCCUAUUGAAAAAGUGGAGGAACCCAAAGAAGUCAAAGAAAAGGAGACGCCUCAAGACGUCGUUUCCGAUAAGCGGCCAUCAAUUAGCACGACUAUCGUGCCAGAAGUUAUUUCUAAACCGACUGCACCGAGUCCAAAGGCAGUCGACGACAAGCCCAUCACGGACGAGAUGAAAAGAACUGAUCAAAAAAUCGAUGAGUCGCGAAUCCCAACAAAGGAUGUGAAAUCAAAACCGGCAACUCCGACAAAAGAAGAAGUAUCGAAAACUAUUGAGCAUCCUGAAGAGGAAACAAAAUUAGCGGACGCGACAGGCUUCGCGAAAGAACCGAAGGUAGAACUACUCGAGGACGAUAAGAAACUCAAACUACUCGAAACUACAGAAAUCAAGGAUGAAAAAAGUCCUCAGGAAGAACUCGAGGAAGCCUCACGUAGAAAGAGGAGCGUUUCACAGGAAUCAGACGGUGAAGCACCAAAGAUAAAAGUCGAAGACGUCAAGCUUCCUGAAAAAGUUAAAGAUGAAACUGAGAAAUCACCUGAGGACAAACCAAUAAAAACCGAAGAAGACACCGGCACUGUGAAAAGGAUGUUAGUGACGGCGAGCAGCGAAGAUGGCAGGGAAGAAACCGAGAUUUGCCCAACUGGUACUAUAACCUUCACGAAGACCGUCACUCCGGACGAUUCUCUUAAGGAUGCGUCGGUUAAGUCCACACCAGACAAAGAUUCCUUGCUUAUGGACAAGGAUUCGUUGCAUUCAGGGGUCAGCACACCGGAAAAAGAUAGCAUCUCCGAGAAAUCCGUCACCGACGUUAAGGACAAAGUUACCCCGGAAGACAGCUUGGAAAAGUCCCCUGUCGGUACUCGCGAUUCGCAGGAUCUUGAAGAUAGUUUGGAGAAAUCAGAACCGCAUAAACCGAAGUACGCGAAACCAAAAUCUCCCGUCAAGGACACGAGCGAAAUCGAGAAGGCCAAAUCUCCCAUUGAACCCGCCACCGAACAAGUCGACGAGCCUAAAUCUCCCGCGGAGGAGGUCAAGGAUCAAACUGAAAAGCCGAAGUCUCCCGCCGAGGAAGUCGGAGAGAAGAUGGACAAGCCGAAGUCUCCAUCGCCGCUCGAGGAGGCGAUUGGAAAGAUCGAUGAAGCAAAGCCCAUCGUGGAAGCAGUUACUGAGGAGCUCAAGCAACACGAGGACGUGCAGAAACUAAAAUCACCUCUAGAGAAGUCUCCAGUAGAAGAAACAAUGGAGAAACCGACGCUUCCAAUUGAAAAGAUACUUCCGGAACCUGUAAAGGAAGGAGCGACUAUCCCGAAGACACCCGAAUCUCUCCGAUCAGAGGACGUUUCACCAGCUGAGACAAUUUUCUCGAAAUCACCCGAUAAGCAUGAAGCGCAUUUCGCGAAGACGCCCAUCAGUGAGGAAGACAUUGCAACCGAAGAAAUCGCUGAGAAAUUAACCGAACCCACGAAAGAAUCCAAACAGAUUGCGGACAAGGACGUAUCUCUGGCGAAAGAAAAAUCACCGACUCCGGAAAGCAAAGAUGACAAGCUUUUGGACGCUGUUCCAAAAGAGAAGUCGAGAUCGCCAAGCGUAAGCAGCGAGAAACCCGAUGAGAAGGAUACCUCGAGCACGUCCAGUGAAAAAUCUGAAGAUAAAGAGUCGGUACGUUCCAAAUCUCCCCAAGCCGAUUUGCUGGCCCAACCCGAAGACAAGUCACCGAGUGUCGCUAGUGUAAAGACGGAAGAAUUAACUGAAGUAACUGAACUGGAAGACAAGGUCGCAGAAAAAUUUCCAUCUCUUAGUGAAGCGACCGAGAAAAUGCCUGAAGAAAUCGUUGAAGAUAAACGUCCCAGUCUGGUGGAAAAGGAAAUUGUUAGCUUGCCCGACAAGGCAAGAUCUCCCAGCAUCAGCGAGAAGAAAACUGAUGAUGAUGAGAAGAUAGGUGACGGUAAAUUAAAAUCGCCCGUAGAAACCGACGAGAAAGUGAAAGAAGUGAAAACAGAAGUCGAGAAACAGCCAGAAGAGAAAGAACCGGCGGGUAGGUCUAAAUCUCCGAGCAUUACUAGUGAGAAGUUCGACGAUAAAUCUGUCUCUGAUAAGCCCUCUAGUGUUCUAAGUGACGGCAAAACUGAGGAGAAGGAAACCGAUAAGCCGAAGUCGCCUAGUGCAAUCAAAAGGGAAACGAUACGUGAGAAAUCGCCAAUUUUCGAGAGUGAACAUUACGAUGAAAAGGGACCAAUUGACGAAGCUAAAUCUCCAAGCGCAAUCAGCGAUCAAUCCGAUGAGAAGAAAGAGGCCGAUCGUUCCAAGUCACCGAGCAUUGCCGUGGACAAGCAGCAGGACUUUGAAGAUGCGACGGAGCAAGAUUAUUUAGAGAAAACUAAAUCCCCUAUUUUUGAUAGGCCAGAAUCGCCUAAAGCUAUUGAUAAGACUGAAGAACCUGAUAAAGAUAGAUCUCCCAGUGUAGCUAGUGAUAAAUCAGAUAGCAAAAAAGUAAGUGACCGUUCUAGAUCACCGAGUAUUAGACAAAGUAUAGACAAAGUAGACCUCAAGGAUAUGGACCUACCAAUCGAAAAGUCGCCCAGUGUCGCGAGUGUCAAGGACGACAAAGUCGACUUGAAAUCUCCGCGACUCGACGAAGAGAAGGCAGACCUGAAGGAUUCGAUACAGCCUUCACUGGAUAAGUCACGAUCACCUAGCGUUACGAGCACCAUAAGCGAAUCUAAAGAGCCACUAUUCAAAGAUGAGUCACCUAUCGUCGAUGACAAAGCGGAGGAAUUCUCAAAAAAGAGCAAAUCACCGAGUCCCGUCGAGCAGAAGUUAGACAUCGGCGAGCAAGAGCCGCGCGAGAAAUCGCGCUCACCUACUAUCGAAGAACAACAUUCGGCAGAGGAAGUGAGAAAAUCACCCAGUCCUGUCGGAGAGAAGCCGGAGGGUCUCGCACAAGAAGCCAUGGAGAAGUCGAGGUCCCCAAGCGUCUCGAGUGACAAGAAAGAGGAUCGUUCGAAGUCGCCGAGCGUCGCGGGAGAGAAGGUAGACAUUAAGGACAUCGCAGAGCAACCACUGGACAAGUCGAGGUCACCCAGUGUGGUGAGCGUCAGCGCCGACCAAAAGGAACCCGGGGACCGUUCCAAAUCGCCAAGCACCGUCGGCGAGAAGCCGGAUAUGAAAGACGUCGUCGAGUCGACAGUAGAAAAAUCCAGAUCUCCAAGUAUUAUCAGCGUCACCGGAGAACAGAAAGAGCCAACCGACCUUUCCAAGUCCCCGAGCGUCGCUGAGGAGAAGCCAGACUUGAAAGACGUCGCCGAGCUUUUGGAGAAAUCUAGGUCGCCUAGUAUCGUAAGCGUAAGCGGGGAUCAAAAAGAGCCAGCAAAAUCGCCGAGUGUGGCGAAACCGGGCGAGAAGGACAUAGAAACACUAACGGACAAGUCCAGAUCGCCUAGUGUCAUCAGUGCUACUAGCGAGCAGAAGGAACCGAUGGAUCUCUCGAAACCGCCCAGCCUGAUAGAUGAAAAAUCGGACGAGAAAGACACAACCGGAACACUUCCUGAGAAGUCGAAGUCACCUAGUCCCGUGAGCUUCACAGCCGAUCAGAAAUCUGUCGAACACUCAAAAUCGCCCAGCAUCGCUGGAGACAAGCUCGAUAUGAAGGAUGUUUUGGAGCCGUCUUUGGAUAAAUCCAGGUCUCCAAGUGUUGUUAGCAUCACGGAGGAACUAAAGGAACCACUCGGUCGUUCCAAGUCACCGAGUCUCGCUGGAGAGAAGCCCGAUGUGAAAGACGUCGUGGACACAAAAGUGGAUAAAUCAAGAUCUCCUAGUGUCAUCAGCGUUACAAGCGAGCAGAAAGAGCCGUUCGACCGUUCCAAGUCGCCUAGUAUCGCCGGGGAAAAGCCCGAUGUGAAAGAUAUUACGGACGCGGAAAUGGACAAAUCAAGAUCUCCUAGUGUUAUCAGCGUCACAAGCGAGCAGAAAGAGCCGCUCGACCGUUCCAAAUCACCAAGUAUUGCCGGGGAGAGGCCCGAUGUGAAAGACGUCACAGACGCAGAAAUGGAUAAAUCGAGAUCUCCUAGUGUCAUCAGCGACACUAGCGAGCAGAAAGAGCCGCUCGACCGUUCCAAAUCACCGAUUAUUGCCGGGGAGAAGCCCGAUGUGAAAGACGUCACGGACACAAAAGUAGAUAAAUCAAGAUCUCCUAGUGUCAUCAGCGUCACUAGCGAGCAAAAAGAACCGCUCGACCGUUCCAAGUCGCCGAGUAUCGCCGGGGAGAAGCCGGAUUUGAAAGACGUCAGCUCAGAGCAGCAAAUCGAAAAAUCACCGAGCACUUUGAGCGUCACCGGAGAUCAGGAAAAGUUAACGGAAGAGCAGAAGACUCCUGACACCGACACCAAGCACGAGUCGAUAGACAGGAGUAAAUCACCAAGCGUAGCGAGCGAGAAAUCCGACGACAAGAAGUCAGUUGGCGAUUCGAAGUCGUCCAGUAUCGCCGGAGACAAGGCUGAGUUGGCGGACGUCACAGAACAGCCAUUGGACAAGUCUAAGUCACCGAGUGUCGCGAGUAUCACAUCCGAUCAGAAGGAACCGCUGGAGAAGGCGAAAUCUCCGGUAUCUACGGAUAAAAAAGAUGAGCCCGAUAGAAGCAUGUCGCCAAGUGUAGCUAGCGAGAAGUCUGAAGGCGCAAAAUCAGCGGUUACCUCGAAGCCGUCGAGUGUGGCUGGGGACAUGGGUGACUUAAAAGACGUGUUAGAGCCGGCGUUGGAUAAGUCUAAGUCGCCCAGCGUGAUAAGCGUGACGAGUGAGCAAAAGGAACCGAUUGACAAGCCGCUGUCGCCUACAACGCUUCAUAAAGCAGAGGAGCCGCACGACAGAAGUAAAUCUCCGAGUACGGCCAGCGAGAAGUCCGAAAGUGCGAAAUCAGCGGUUACGGAUAAGAAAGAUGAGUCCGACAGAAGCAAGUCGCCAAGUGUGGCUAGCGAGAAGUCUGAAGGUGCAAAAUCAGCGGUCACUUCAAAGCCAUCUAGUGUAGCUGGGGACAUAGAUGACUUGAAGGGUCUUUUAGAACCAGCGUUGGACAAGUCCAAGUCACCGAGUGUCGCGAGUGUCACGUCCGACCAGAAAGAACCGUCGGAGAAGGCGAAGUCUCCUGUUACGGAUAAGAAAGAUGAACUCGACAGAAGCAAGUCGCCAAGUGUAGCUAGCGAGAAGUCUGAAGGCGCGAAAUCAGCGAUUACCUCAAAACCGUCGAGUGUAGUUGGAGACAUAGGUGACCUGAAGGACGUGUUAGAGCCGGCGUUGGAUAAGUCCAAGUCACCAAGCGUGACAAGCAUGACGAGCGAGCAAAAGGAGCCGGUGUCGCCUACGACGCUUCACAAAACAGAGGAGCCGCAUGACAGGAGUAAAUCUCCGAGUGUAGCGAGCGAGAAAUCCGACGGAAAGAAGUCCGCCGAAGGCUCAAAGGCGACAAGUGUUACGGAAGAAAAACCGGAUCUGAAAGACGUUACGGAACCGCCGGCCGAUAAGUCCAGAUCGCCCAGCGUCGCGAGUCUGACAGCCGACAAAGCGGAAAUAAUCGAGAAGCCAGUAUCGCUCACCGUCUCUGAAAAAUUGGAGCCACCUGUUGAUCUUAGCAAAUCCCCCAGCACUGCCAGCGACAAGUCUGACGAGAAGACGUCAGAUGACAAACUCGGCAGCAGGGAACACUACGAAGACGCGAUCGACAAGUCUCCCAGCCUCAUUGACGUGAAGAUAUCGGAGAAGAAAGACGCGGAGGAGAAGUCGGCGACUAUUCCCGGGAAAUUGGACGUAAAGUUGGCUGAUGACACGCCCCAAGUACAUGAUAAGCCGCGAUCUCCUAGUAUUAUCCUUGAUAAACCAUUGAUUACCGACGAAGUCGAUAAAAUCGAUAUCGACGAGUUGUCAAAGUCCGAUAUAACGAGCGAGCUAGGUUUAGUAGAUAAAACGAGAUCGUUAAGUAUCAUCAGUGAUAGAACAGAACCAAAGUCACCGUCGGAUGUCUCGAAGUCGCCGAGUCUGGCCGACGAGAAACCUGACCAGAAAGACAAGUCCAGAUCAUCCAGCAUUGCCAGCGAUGAUCCCGACACCAAGGUUGCGGAAGCGAAGGUCUCUUCGCGAGAACUACCGAUUUCACCGAGCCUAGAAGUUGGACAAGUCUCGAAGGACGAGUCCGCCAAAUCAUCGGGAGCCAGUUCGCCGGUAGACAAAACUCCGAAAGACCGGUCACGUUCGCAGAGUGUCUUCGAUAUCGGGGAGAAGACACCGGCCAGCAGAUCUCGAACAGCUAGUCUAUUUGAGGAUAAACAGGCAGAAAAGAUACCUCUUCCGAAACAGGAUGCAUCUAAACUUGCCAGCACGGAGAAACCGUCAGACGAGAAAGACGAACACAAGAGCUCGCCGAAAGCAAAGAGUCCUAUCACUUCCCCGGAGGCGAUCCAAGAAGAACUGAAAAAAAUCCGCGAGAAACGAUUCACUGAUUUCGAGGAGCCGGAGUCUGUCGAGCCGAUGAAAAUCGAAAAGCCGGACGAAGAAGAAGAGAUCGUUAUUCGAGUAACAGCAGAGAAGAAAGCUGAAAUUGAGAAGUAUAUUUUGGAAGAGUUCAUAAUUCGCAAGAGGAAAAUCAGUUUGGUGGUGAUCGAGAAGUUGGUAAUGACAUACUCGGUACCCCAGUUUAUAGUGAUGGAGAUCAUUGAGGACAUUAUCAGUCAACAAAAGAUGUCAAGAAGUUCGGUCUUCGACUUUGUUGACGAAGAGGAACCGGUCCAACCACAGAGACGAACAGAGAUAGAAAAUUACAUCACCGAAGAGUUCAUCGCAAAAAAGAAGAAGGUCACGGCAGAGGUGGUGGAAGAAAUAUCUCUCCUCAAAAUAGUGCCUAUAAAAAUAAUAAUUGAGAUUAUCGAAGAGAUGAUAAUAAGAAGACAAAUUUCCAGAGAUACCGUAAUCGAAGGUGACUUAAACUCGCUCAAUAUCCCUGUAAAAGAUGAGAGUCUAGACGGUAAGGGAUCUCUUUUCGACAGCGAUCAUUACGACAGAGACGCUAAAGUAUCCUCCGCUAGCCCUAGCCUCAGCCCGGAACCAAUUCCUUCUGACAAGUCGACCCAAGACAGUCCGGCUCGAUCAGAGCCACACAUUGAUGAAGAGAUCUCGAUAUCCGAAGAGAAGCGAAUGGAAACAGAGAAGCUACUAGAGGAGGAGUAUAUAAAGAAAGGCAAGAAAAUCACAGAAGUGACGCUCGAGGAGAUAAUCAUUAAGACCUCUUUACCACGUUACAUUAUCCUGGAAAUAGUGGAGGAGAUCAUACUGAAGAGGAAGUAUCCGCGGGAGUCUGUAAUCGAUUCGGAAAUUUAUCAAGAGGAUGAACCGGAGGUAAAUUAUGAAAAGGGAAUGUAUCACUACGACCGACCAACGGAUACCGAUUACGAGCUUCCGGAUGAUGGCACCAGAAAACCGCCGGAAAAAUACGGAAUGGACAUGUAUACAGAUUCAGAUGAACAACAGUUGGACAAGUCUGGUUAUUUGAUGGGCUACGAGAGUCAGUUCCAUAAAGCUUUUGUCGGCGGGAUGACGGAAAUGAGAACGACGCAUAUAACCACGCUGUCCGGAAAGUCGACCCCGGAGUAUGCCACGCACGACGCGACUCCCGAGUCCGGCAUUGAGCCCGGCGACAAGGCAUCCGGUAAGCGACCGCGAAUGGCCAGCAUGCCAAAAGACGAAGAGGAUGGGAAGUCUGAGCAAGCAAUGCGAGCCUUAAGCUUAUCAUCACACGCCAGCUUGUCCGUGGAGAGUUCAGAGGAGGACGUGAAAGUCACAAAGACGGAGAAACAAGAAAUCAGUGGUAAAGAACCUGAAGAGACGAAGAUCACGAAAGACGUGCCGUUCGAAAGAAUCGGCGAGAUUCAAAAGAUAGUCAAGGGAGAAGUGAUUCAGGGUGAGACGGAAACUAUCACAAAGUUGAGUGGACGCGAGAUUAUUGAACAUGACAAAUCAAAAUCGAUCGACGACGAUACGAUCUUGGUGAAGAAGAUAAUAAAACGUGAGAUAAUUGAAGGAGAAGAAAAGCCUGCAACUGGUAGCAAGGGAGCAACGAAAGAAACUGACGCAUCCAGUGACGCCGAAACUGACGGUGAUGUCAUCGUAGUCAAGAAAAUAAUAAAACGCGAAGUAGUUGAAGAGCAAGAACCUGAAGAGGUGACUAAAGUGACGACAAAAGAAACCGACGCAUCUAGUGACGCCGAAACUGACGGUGAUGUCAUCGUAGUCAAGAAAAUAAUAAAACGCGAAGUAGUUGAAGAGCAAGAACCUGAAGAGGUGACUAAAGUGACGACAAAAGAAACCGACGCAUCUAGUGACGCCGAAACUGACGGUGAUGUCAUCGUAGUCAAGAAAAUAAUAAAACGCGAAGUAGUUGAAGAGCAAGAACCUGAAGAGGUGACUAAAGUGACGACAAAAGAAACCGACGCAUCUAGUGACGCCGAAACUGACGGUGAUGUCAUCGUAGUCAAGAAAAUAAUAAAACGCGAAGUAGUUGAAGAGCAAGAACCUGAAGAGGUGACUAAAGUGACGACAAAAGAAACCGACGCAUCUAGUGACGCCGAAACUGACGGUGAUGUCAUCGUAGUCAAGAAAAUAAUAAAACGCGAAGUAGUUGAAGAGCAAGAACCUGAAGAGGUGACUAAAGUGACGACAAAAGAAACCGACGCAUCUAGUGACGCCGAAACUGACGGUGAUGUCAUCGUAGUCAAGAAAAUAAUAAAACGCGAAGUAGUUGAAGAGCAAGAACCUGAAGAGGUGACUAAAGUGACGACAAAAGAAACCGACGCAUCUGUUGACGCUGAAACUGACGGUGAUGUCAUCAUAGUCAAGAAAAUAAUAAAGCGCGAAGUAGUUGAAGAACAAGAACCUGAAGAGGUGACUAAAGUGACGACAAAAGAAACCGACGCAUCUAGUGACGCCGAAACUGACGGUGAUGUCAUCAUAGUCAAAAAAAUAAUAAAGCGCGAAGUAGUUGAAGAACAAGAACCUGAAGAAGUGACUAAAGUGACGACAAAAGAAACCGACGCAUCUAGUGACGCCGAAACUGACGGUGAUGUCACCAUAGUCAAGAAAAUAAUAAAGCGCGAAGUAGUUGAAGAACAAGAACCUGAAGAGGUGACUAAAGUGAUGACGCAUACCGUAGACACACCAGAAUCGAGUGAUGCGGCCGACCACGACGGCGACGUCAUCGUAGUGAAAAAAAUAGUGAAGCGCGAGGUGAUCGACCAAGAAGAACCCGAAGUGGCAGUUAUUAAAGAAAUAAAACGUCCAAGUAUGGGGCAAGAUGAACCCGAAGCGAUCACCAAGAUCAUCAAACGCGAGAUUGUAGAGCACGGUGAGCCGGAAGUGGUUACUAAGGUAGUCAAACGUGAAAUCAUCGAACAAGAUGAGCCUGAGGUCAUCACGAAGGUGAUCAAGCGCGAGGUGAUAGUCCCCGAUGAAGAGACGAGCGACUUUCAAGAGGAUUCCGGCGAAUUUGUAAAGACCAUUACUACGAAGACAACGAGGACCAUCGUCACACAAGAGCUCUCAGAUACUGAACUGUCGCAGGUCGACCCGUCAAAGAUUUACACCGACUCCGCUUCAGGUACAAGUUACAAAGUAGUGAGUGACGAGAGCACAGCGGACGCUGCAACAUCUAGCGCCGAUGUGAAGCGGAUUGUGACAACAGUGACCACCAUAACUGGCCCGGAUGGCAAGGUUACCACGAAGAAGGACGUGAAAGAGAGUAGCGACACCGUGGACAGCGAAGAGCUGUUGGAGAAGCUGAUCGACUCGACCUCGGGUGACAAAGCCAGCAAGCUCGCGACGGAGGCUAAGUCCGCGGAGAAGAUCGUGAAGGAGACUAUCGCAACCGUGACAUCGGGCACUUCCACACCUGACGUGAAGGCGUUCUAUGAUUCCGGCAAAUCGACGCCCGACUCCAAGCAGGAGGAUAAGCCCGAGGGAACUGUUGGCAAAGAAACGCGCUUGGGCGCGGAGAAACUCGAGCACUCGGUGUCGCCCUUGGUAAAAGACUUGAUAUCCGACGACAAGAGUUAUUCGGGCAAAUCCUCACCCGACAUAUCAUUGCCCAAGGAUAUUAUCUUCAGCGGCUCGACCGGCAAGUCCACUCCAGAGAUCCCCAUGUCGCCGUUAAUAAGAGACGGCGCCGCAGUGCAACCACAUCUUUCUGGGCGAUCGACUCCCGACAGAAGAUCCGAGGGUCGCUCAUCGACGGCCACUCCGGAGGGCUUCAAGUCGGGCGAAAUGAUACGGACUAUCAUUACCACUACGAAGACAAUAUCCGACGAAGGUGAGAUUGUCACGACUACUCGCGAAGUCACGGAGACGACCAACGAGAAGGGCGAAACAGUCGUGUUGGCAGAGAAGACCGACGUGAAAGUGGACGAGCGUCUACCCAGCAAGGAUGCCGCGGAGAGCGCGAUCAGUAGCAUUAUCGGCAGUAUUAAGUCCACUGAGCUGCAACAUAGCGACAGUCCAGGUUCCGACGAGACGUCCAGUGAGAAAGACCGAGGACCUAUCAGUCCGCCGAGUGACAGUAGCGUACGCAGCAAAGCCAUGACCCAUGUGUGGGGCAGCAGCGAAGAGAGGCAUACUUACUCCGACGACGAGCCGCCUUCGUCGUCUUUAUCCUCGACCUCGCAAGUCGGCUAUUCUCCGCAGACGACGCAUCGCCAUGAUCCGGUCUCGGACAAGGAAGAGGAACAGAAGACAGUCGAGUUUUCGGCAGCCGCGAUGAGCAGCAGCUUCUAUGGGGAAUUGCCGGCAGUGCCGCCGCAAAUCUCUGCCAUGAAGACCUUCCAUGGGGAGACCGGCAUGCAGAGAAGCGAGACUGGUCCCGUUCGUAGCCGAUUUAUGGUCGAGAAGGAGUUCGCCGGUGGCUAUGCGGAGAAACCGGAGGCGAAGAGGUAUGUCGACGAGGCUGACUUGGACUUCGACAAGGCUCUGAUGGAGCACAAGGAGAUGAAGGAGACCGGCAGCGCCUUUGGCAGCGGCAUAGCACCUAGAUAUACGAACGGUAGUCUUCGGCAUGAGACGGAGGAUGCAAGAGAACAUCCAUCGUCUUCCUUCCAGGAUGACGCGAAAGACGAUUCCAAAGGAGACUCGAAGAAAGAUCCCUUGACAGGUUGGGGAUCUCCGCUGGGAUUGCCGUCUCCCAAACCACCCAGGAAAUUCAACCUGAAGAAUCCCUCUCAACCGUCGUGCUCGAACGCAUCGACUUCCGGCACUUUGAACUUCGACGUGGUGAAAGAUUGGGGGGAACCUCUCAGACUACCAUCUCCGGCACCGGUAACUAACGAGGUAUUGAAUAAGGGAACGCCAGGCACGCCAAAGAAAGAACGGAAGCAGGCGAAAAAGGUACAGUCGGAGAAUAUGAAGAAUAAGAAACGCUCGGAGAGCCCCGGAAAAAAUGAAAAGAAAAUGAAGGAUUCGAAGAACAAGAUUCAGCCGGUUUACAUGGACUUGGCAUAUGUUCCGCAUCAUGGAAAUUCGUACUACUCUUCGUUGGAAUUCUUCAAGAGAGUGCGGGCGAGAUACUAUGUCUUCAGUGGCACUGAACCUAGCCGAGAAGUCUACGACGCUUUGUUGGAAGCUAAAAAGACUUGGGAGGAUAAAGAUCUUGAAGUAACCAUGAUCCCAACGUAUGACACCGAUACCCUGGGUUAUUGGGUCGCCGAUAACGAGGAGGCACUCGCCGCGAACCAUAUAGACUUAUCGCCCUCUGCGUCCCGGUGCACCAUCAAUCUUCAGGAUCACGAGACUAGUUGCAGUGCCUAUAGGCUCGAGUUCUAGGGAUUGGCAGCCUGCUCAGCCGUAAUAGUCGAGUUCUGAGCGGCGUCCGGAACGCGUCAUCAUUCCGUUUUUGGACCCAUUCCUGCUAAAAGACAGAAAAGAGCACGAACAGGAAAACAGUAACAACAGAAAGAAAAAAAAUCGAAAAGGUUGAGCUAUAAAUCGACCUACCGUCCCGUCAGGCGACCCCUGACCCCUCCAGGAGACCCGAAAACUAAACGGCAUUUCGAAUUCGAGAUUCCCUCGCGGUCGUAGCUUCGCGGCCUACUCCAAACAAGAUCGUAGAAAUUGUAUCGAACAAUGUAGAGGUUGUCCCAAAGAAGGAAGACCGAUUUUUCCGCGCAAGUCAAACACGGUGACUAUCUUCUAAUAAGUUAAGACGUUCUUCGUAUCCUUUCUCACGAGGAGACGGUGCGGACGAUUAGAGAGAAGGAGAGAGAAAGAGAGAAGAAAGAGAUCGUAGAAGUUGUUCCUUGCACGGAUACAAGGUAUAAAUUUACGUACUUCUAAGCGAUUAAUCGAUAGGAAGAAUUCCACGUACGAUCGAGGCUCGCACUGCGUUGAGCAACAACCAGCGUCUGUCAGGCGUCCUUGAUCCGACGGGAGUUAUUUGUAUUUCUACACUUUGCACCGUUUGAAGCCCAUAGCGCGCUGAUAUCGCCUGCAAUACGUUUAAUCAAUCACUGCUCAAAGUUGAGGACGAUCGAGACCGUUUGCGAUGUUUGAGCGUAGCUACGAUCGGCUGAUCGAAUCGACGAUCCGCAAGUGCCGCGGCCUGGGACAAUCUAUACGUUAGUUACCGAAUCAAUUGACUUUAGGAUAUUCUAAUUCCCCGACCCGCGACCCCGGACCGGAGGGUCGUACGAUCAUAAAUAUAGUGUCGAUCUCUUGAUGCGAGACCUCGCCCCACCCUCUCCUCAACAUCAGCAGAUUAAAGUAAAACUUUUAAUAUCUCGACACAGCUGCCGCUUCAACAGCACCGCGUAGUAUUCAGUGUAUAAGUUAAAGAAAAAAAUUGAACCACAGCAAAAGAGAGUAAGAGCAGACCAGGUUACCUCGAAAGAGAGAAAAGAGAGAGAGAAAAAAGAGACGAUUCGCAUCUCUGAAUUCAAUGGACGCACAUUUCGGGACGGAGGGAUCCAUCGACCCUCCGUGAUGGAUCGCUUAGAACAGGACGUUCGCAUGCGACCCGAGCAGAAAGGAUUCUAUAAAAUCAUACGUACACUACAUAUGAUUUCAUAUAUGAGUUUUAUCUUUGUAUGAUCACAUAUAUAAUCAUAUAUGUCUAUGCGGAAAAAAAUACUAUUGAAUGAAAGAAAGAAAAAAAAAUUUAUUCAAUUAAACGUCUACAUUACCGGCAACCACAAACAUAUGAGCGGUUAUUUUAAUUGUAUUUAUUCCGUGUGGAUAUAUAUAUAUAGAAAAAAAGUUCAUAUAUGAUUAUAUAUAAUCAUUUUUCUCGGGGUAUGCUCGAGAAGAGAAAACGAUCCACACCUCCGAAUAUUUUCCUUCGUUGUUACGUGAUUAACGGUCCCCCUUUCUCGUCGUAAAUGUCUAUUCGUGCGUAGGUAAAAUGGCUAAAUUCCAUCGGGAAGUUCUAGAUAAGAAUUAUCUGUGUCGUGUUUCUAUAUCGUAGAGAUAAUAGAGAUUACGAGGAAAGUGCGAUGGUUAUGAAAAAAGAGAGAGAGAGAGAGAACCAGUGCGAGAGAUGGAUCUCGUCGCUUCGUCAAUCGCGCGCGAUUGAGGGAGAGGGAUGAUAAUACACAAUCAUCUCGAGAUCUACGUGAACGAGACGGUCGAGUUAGCCGAACGAUCCGACAAUGGUGGCUUCAAUUAUGAAGAGAUCGGAAGAGAACGUUAUUCGUCGCUGUAAAGGAGGUGUGAUGACAUCUCGAAAAACGUCCAUUCACAGGACCCACAAUCCGUCUUCAAUUGUUUCUUUGGCGCGAGGACCUCUGCUUGCUGAGAUCGAGCGACGAGAACGGGACUUCAGAGAACAGUACUCGUGAGCCUGGUAGGCGGACAAGGAGUCUUUAGGGAAUAAUGCUACCAAUCGCCUUCCAAGGAAAGAUUUUAUGAUGAAAAUCAAACAUGAUGGAAGUCUUUGUGCGAGACAGAGAGAGUCCUUUUGUUCACAUUGAUCAAAAGCAGAUAAUCAGUGACCUAGUCACUGCAAUAUCGCACCAAUCAGUUCACGACUGGCCCGCUGACGAGCGAAGGAGCUUCCUCGAGCAGCGCCUGAAGGGCGAAUGAAGAACGACUUGUCCAGGCAAAAUCGCAAAAUUGCGAAAUUCGUUCUCCAAAGGAAGGAAGCGCAACUAACAGAGAAUGAGGCAGGAUUGCUGGGUCAAAAUGUGGACCUGUAGACGGACUCGAGCAGAUUUUUCGCCACAGAGACGGAGAAGAGCAAGCCAUGUCACCGUCAAGUCGGAAGUUGUUCCGCCCGGUCGCUGUUCUAUGAGGUACCUACGCGAGCUCGCCCAUCUCGGAGAGGAGAAUCGCUGUCCUUCAAGUAGAUAUCCAAAGUCCCAACAAGACUACGCGAUUCGUCGUCGCUGGCGACGUGGAAAUCCGCGUGGCGUCGCGCGGGUCCCGUCCGGGGAGAGAAGAUCGAUCCAAGUCGACGACACCUUUUGUACUUAACUUUCUCUCAGAGCUAUAGCGUUUUAUCGUAAGGUCAUAGAGUGCGAUGAAGCAUUGACGAGGAGACGAUGAUGAUGAUGAUGAUGGUGGUAGUGGUGGUGGUAUUGAUGUUGAUGCUGAUGGCGAUGAGUACGAUGACGACGAUAACAAUGGAAUACCGAUGAGUCGAGAACGUAUUAAACAUUGCGCUUAUUCGCCAGACCGUCACGUCAUCAUCAUUUUCGCGAACCGACAACAGGCCUCCCCCAUUCAUCUCUCACCUCACCACGGGAGCGUUUACCCCUUGAGGGACACGAAGGGACCGCGCGAGCGAGUCUUCGUGAAGAUGUCGUCGAUGACAACGUGCGUUCAAUCCUGCCUAAGCAGCACAAGAGUCUGAAUGUAUUCCGAAGGCAUCUGAGAAGGACUGGCUGGAAGACUCACGCUUAUGUUUAUGCCUGGAAGGUCACGUUUACGUGAUUUCGGCCACUUCUCACGACGUCCUCGCGACUGUUGGGCGUUUGUGCUGUCUAGAUAUCCCGUUCCCCGUUACUUCUCUACCGCGAAGGAGAGAGACAAGGUUGUACCAAGUAUCGAUUCUAAAUGUUCGUGUAGUUGUACCUUAAGGAGCCCAUCUUAGUGGCGAUCCUGCGCGUCCAGUUUUAGACCGCACUCAACGUCGCACGUCGAGCUCAAAUUGAGGCCGCGAGUUCGGGAUAGUCGACGUGCGUUUGGAGUCAUCGGGGCUGCGAUUUGGGGCGGUAUCGGGCGUGCGGCGAAGGAUCGAUCAUCACCUAGAACCGCGAGAGAACACGUAGACGGAAGGAGAAAUCAAUAACGAAUGAUAAAACGAGAAACAAGUGCGAUUAAGCGCGAUACCGAAACUGUGACUUAUAGAGGACACCUUUGCUCUCUCGUCAUUCUCGCGAGAUCCACGGGGAUGGAGACGAUGUCUCGUCAUGCGACGCGUCAUCGAUUUCCAUCCCCUUGAGCCGUAGCGAAGACUCUUUCGAUAUAUGGAACUCAAAAGUACCUUCUACGCAAACGUUGCCCGGAAUGUAAAAGGGAAGAGGACAAAAUCACAUAUGCCGCACGUCGCGUUGUCCCGCGGUCUUAAGUGGAUCUCUCGUCGAGUGAAUACCGGAGAAAGCUCUCCUCUAUACGAGACACAUUCGUGCCUACACGAAAAUGGUGCUCGAUUAGACCGAUCCUUAAUGAUACCCAGGUGGUACGGUGAUAUCCAAGCGGUGAUCGCGAGAGCGAUCAGAAGGAAGAAAGUUGAAGAGAAAGAGAGAGAGAGAGAGAGAGAGAGAGAGAGAGAGAGAGAAAGAGAUAAGGAAGCGAUUUGUCUGAUCGCUGCAAUCGACACGCGAUUAAUGGCCUUCAAGGUCAGGUUUUUUUAUAGAUUAGUGCGUAAGUUUUUUACAGCCCGUAAGUCAUACACGAUUUUGUUCGUCCGAUCGCGGAAUUGAUUUGUCCUCCCCACGCGCGUGCGUAGAUCACAAUUAAUACACGAAACAUGUAUAGAGAGAGAAAGAGAGAGAGAGAGAGAGGGAGAGUUUGAGUGGCACAUGCACACGCAUCGCAUCCCAUGCGCACGUAUUUUCAUUCGUCAUUUGUCCAAUUAUUUAUUGCUCAUUCUUCAUUGCGUUAUAUAUUCACCUCAGGCGUGACGUAUAUUACACAUUACAGAAAGUCAUUCGAUCAAAAAUCGGUUAGUGGAGGAAUUCUCGCCAGAGAGACUGAUUGCGUUUUUCUUUCGUAUUCUUUUCUUUUUAAUUUGGCGGAGUCAUAUGCGCGAUCAAAAUCUUACUUCGCUGACGAAGGGCGAAAGAGAAGAGGAGAAGAAGGAGAAGGAGGAGGAGGAGUGUGCGAAAAAAGAAUUAACUAAUAUAGGAGAAAGCAUGAGCGGAGACUUAAGCGACAUCGAGAAAGAGAGAGACGUGAACGAUCGAUAUUGUUAUAAAUACGAUUAUUACUAUUCCGAUUAUUUUUAACGACUAUUGUGCUUGUUAUUGCUACGAUAUAUUAUUAUUAUUGCGAUUACUAUUAAUAUUAUUACAUAUUACGAUUACGUUCGCGAGAGCGGGUCAUUAUCAUCAUCAUCGUUCUCUUUCUAUCGUACGAAUAAAGAAGUUUUUAUAACGUUUAUCGAUAUCUCUUGAUACGUAUGAUAGCGAGUUGUGCAACGCAUAUUGAGAUAGAAAGUCAGAAAUAGAAAACACUGGAGAGCAAGAGAGAAAAUGGAGAGAGAAAAAGGAAAAGAGAAAGAGAAAAAAGAAGAGAGAGAAAGAGAGAAGGUGAUGAUGAAGUAUGUACCUAUGUAUUUAUGUAUUAUUUAUUGACAAGUAAUAUAAUGACCAGUUAUCUAGGUAGGAUGUUAAAAUUAUGAAAUUCAAUUUAACGAAAAACAAAAUAAAUUAAUAAACUAUUAAAUGAAGCUAUUGUCGAUCGAUGAUGAUGCGCGCAGGAUAGACUAAAUAAACGAUGAAUUUAUGGAAGUAAUUUAAAUAAAAGGUAUAAAAAUGACAAAAAAAAAAACAAAUAAAAGAUUAGGAACGAGCUUUCAC